CAAUGUCAGUGUGCAGAGUCCAACGGCUUGACUGGCUCGUUUUGUGGGAGAUGAUUGUCAAAGUCUUUCGCUCCGAGCUCAGACCAGCAACUGGAGUUCAGAGACCAUGCCCUCUGGGAAGACGGUCAAGCUCAUCCUGUAUGAGGUGCUGCAGUUUGCAGCCCUUACCGUACCCAUCUUUGUGGUUAUGGAGAGGUUUGCCAUCCUCAUACGUGAUGUGAAAGGACAGGAUCUAACGGCUUACUGGCUAGUUGUGGCGACCUCUAUCGCCUAUGUGACCUCUGUGACCCUCCUGGUGUGGGUUCCUCUGAAGUAUCUGAUCCUGAAGCGGAGGACGUUCGUCUCAGAGAUCACACAGUGGAGACCAACAGCGCUGGCAUAUAUCAUCCUGUGUACAUUUCCAUGCUUUGCUAUUUUAAUAGCCAGCUCCAAGGUGCAGGUGGACAGAGGACACAAGCUCGACCAGUUCACUGAGUUGCCCGUUUCCUUGGUGCUUUUCUCCCUCAUCUGUGUGGAUAUCAUAGAGAGGAUUCGCCCCUGCAAGCUCAUCGGACAGUCAGACAGCCUGGAUCCUGACCUUGACAUGCCAGGCCCCGUCCUCACCCACCUGGAACAUGUGACCACCGUAACAGGCCAGCUGCACACUGAUGAAGGCCAAAACGGUUUGACCCAAGGCCACCCAGAGGCCAGGAAUGGCAGCACCUCCAGCAGAUGGCAGGACCUUCCUGGCUCACCCGGCCACUCAGCACUCAGCUCACGAGCACCCAGCAGGUCCUACCUGUACUCCUCAUCCUCGCAACCCAGAUCCUACUCUGGUCCUCUGGGCUUCCUGUGGAGGAAGGAUGGGAGGUCAGAGGUGUUUGUGGACAGCUUCAUGUUCUGGCUAGACACUGUGGAGAUGGUGAGAGUGGCAGGGGAGCCAGCGGUCUUCUUCUCAGCCUGGGUUUUCCCCGUCUACAUCCUCGCCUUCAUGUCUACUCUCCGCAUGGUUAUCACUCCUAACAACCCUUUAUUGUCCUCGGCUGGAUUUGCUCUGCAGGACCUUCCUUUCUUUGUCAUUCGAGUCGCUUUGAUUGUUGUGUUUGGUUAUGUGACUCCCGUGUUGUACCCUCUGAAAAAUGUGCUGGUGAGCCUGACUUUUAUCUACUUUACUUUCCUCGCCAAGCUGAGGAUUUUCAGAAGGCACAGCAUGUUUUGAGGAGGAGUGGCACAUUCUGUUGUUAAUGAAGAGUCCGCUUUGAUUGUGGAUGGUUGAACAGUUGGUAUAUUUAUGUGUUGGGAACGGCAGCGGAGAAACAUGAUGCUGGUACCGAUGAUGAAAAACAACAUGUUUUGAAUUGUAAUGGCUGCAUUGUAAGGCUGUUGAUCCAAAUCAAAGUGUGAAAAUGAUUCUGGAUUUAAAACAAAAAAAGGGUGCGUAGGUUGGAGUGUACAGUAAGCCACCUGUUCUCAUUUUUCUAUGACGUAUUUGAAUCCACAGGUAUUUAUUGAUACUUAAUUUUCUGUUUAUCUGCUACAUUUUUCAUGUUUUUUAUCUGUAUCACAUUGAUUGAAGAUUCUAAAACAUUCCAAACAACCUUUAUAUGUUAAAUAAACAUCCUUUGUUAUAA